GUCCGAGGAGUACAGGCAACCAAAAGCAGCAGCAGCAACUGUAAGUGCAGUGCAUGGACCAAAUGCGUCACUUAAUCCGGGUACAUGGUGCGUGUGUAGGUCCUGUCACUUUCAAGUUAUGGUGAUGCAUACAAUCAUCCUUCCUUUCCUCCAACUCUGAUCAUCAACAAAAGGGACUUGAGUACUGCAAGUCGAAUCACGCAACUACGAUAACUUAUUUGACGCCAUCUGAAAACAAUCUUUACUUGCACUCUUUGUCUUUGGCGUAACUCCAUUUGACUUAUCUGACCCUGGUCUCAAAUACACAAAAUGCCUAACCCACAUUACGACUUCUUGAUCAAGCUAUUGCUGAUCGGUGAUUCAGGUGUAGGAAAAUCAUGUUUAUUGCUACGCUUCUGCGAUGAUGCUUGGACACCAUCUUUCAUCACAACAAUAGGAAUCGAUUUCAAAAUUCGCACGAUCGAAUUGGAUGGAAAACGAAUUAAGCUACAAAUUUGGGAUACUGCCGGACAAGAAAGAUUCAGAACAAUCACAACUGCAUACUAUCGUGGUGCGAUGGGUAUCUUGUUGGUGUUUGACGUUACUGAUGAAAAGAGUUUCAGUAAUAUUCGUACUUGGUACUCAAACGUCGAACAACAUGCAAGCGAAGGUGUUUCAAAGAUCUUGGUUGGUAACAAGUCCGAUUGGGAUGAAAAGAGAGUCAUUUCAACCGAACAAGGUCAAGCUCUUGCUGAUGAAUUGGGAAUUCGAUACGUUGAAACAUCAGCAAAGACAAAUGCGCAGGUAGAAGACGCAUUCUUUACAUUGGCAAGAGAUGUAAAAGCACACUUGAUCGACACAGCUGCCGUUUCCAAUACAGGCGUAGACGGCUUAUCAGGUCAAGGACAGGGAAUCAAUGUAGGAGCAAAUGGAGGACAAGGAAGCACAAAGUCAAAUUGCUGCUCCUGAGGCAAACUCUUAUACAACCAACAUCGGAUUCUCCAUUCCCUAUCCCCGUCGUCGUUGCCUUUCUUAUGGUGGCGGCGAUUCUGUACAGACACAUCAACGAAGAGGAUGUACGCAAAAUUUCAUCUGGUCGACUUUUUGCGGUUUCUU